AUGGCAACAGCAGCUACUAUCAGUGUCGCAUUCCAUCAUGAUGCCAUCACAAAACCAACCGGCCUUGCGUCGGGUACCCACGCUACCAUGACGGCAACUAUUAUCACCAGCAACAACAAUAAACGUACCAUGGAAUGCUAUGAGGAUCUUUCGAACCGGAACAAGAAGCGAUGCAAAAUGAUUGCCAAGAAACGCGUCCAUUUUUCGGACUUUGACGAGGACGAUACCCCCCGCGAACAAGUCCACAUCGUCCCCCGUGUCAGCGCCGAGGAUGCCCCUGCCGUUUGGUACACACUCCGAGAAAUGCAACAAGGACGUCAGCAAGAUUCCCAUUGGCUCAAGUUUUUCUCCUGCUACAAACAACCCCGAGACGCCUACAAGCAACAACUCUUCCAGGUGUUGGGAACCGCCUGUGGUGCCGUGCCCGAGGACAUGCGCGUCAAUGCCGAACUCGCCAACAGCCCCGUGAGGGGUCUGGAACGGGAAAUGGCUCCCUGCUUUCGUCAGCGCAAAAGACAAGUCAUUGCCAAUGUCCUCGAGAGCCAACGGGCGCUCCGGGAAUGGCACCAAAGCAACAACAACACGGACAACAAGGACAUGAUUGACAUGAAAGGAGCCGAACUCAUGGCGGCCCACUACCAAAAAUUGACUCUUCCGGCUGUGCGAUUUGCCCAAUUGUUGGCACAAGGGGAUGCUCAGGUUGCACAACGCUUGGACAAUCAGCAUUAG